AUGGGUCACGACUGUCCAGUGUGCGGCAAGAAGAAUGAGUCCGCGUCCAAGCUGACUGUGCACCUGCGGACCCACACGGGAGAGAAGCCAUUUGAGUGCACGGUUUGCAACAAGAAGUUCAGCCAUCGUUGCAACCUCAAAACGCACGUCAGGAUCCACACAGGAGAGAAGCCAUUGGAGUGCACGGUUUGCAACAAGAAAUUCAGCGAAGGUGGCAGCCUCAGAAAGCAUCUCCGGACCCACACAGGAGACAAGCCCUUUGAGUGCACGGUUUGGAACAAGAAAUUCAGCCAAGGUAGUAGCUUCAGAAAGCAUUUCCGGACCCACACAGGGGACAAGCCUUUUGAGUGCACGGUCUGCAACAAGAAGUUCACUGAAAGUGGCAGCCUCAGAAAUCAUCUCCGGACCCACACAGGGGACAAGCCUUUUGAGUGCACGGUUUGCAACAAGAAGUUCAUCGAUAGUGUCAAGCUCAGAGUACACCUCCGGACCCACACAGGGGACAAGCCCUUUGAGUGCACGGCCUGCAACAAGAAGUUCACCACAAGUGGCAGCCUCAGAAUGCAUCUUCGGACCCACACAGGAGAAAGGCCCUUACAGUGCACGGUUUGCAACAAGAAGUUCACGGCAAGUGGCAGCCUCAGAAUGCAUCUCCGGACGCACACAGGGGACAAGCCCUUUAAGUGCACGGUUUGCAACAAGAAGUUCCUCCAUGGUGGCAAUCUCAGAGUGCAUCUCCGGACGCACACAGGAGACAAGCCUUUUGAGUGCACGGUUUGCAACGAGAAGUUCAGCCAAGGUGGCAGCCUCAGAAAGCAUCUCCGGGCCCACACAGAAGACAAGCGCUUUGAGUGCGCGGUUUGCAGCAAGAGGUUCCGGCAAAUUUCUCAUCUGAAAACGCACCUGCGAACUCACACUCAAGGACACGAUUUGAACAUCCAGUCGGCAAACGGGAGUUAA